UCGUGGCUGACUUAUGACCCUUCCCUCACCUCACCCCACCACAGCGGCAGUGCCCUGUCCGCUGCAACACAAUGGACAGUGCGUGUCCUCGCCUGACCUCUUUACUCUACUGCAGAUACGCUCACGUACUGCAGGUAACUUACAUCUGAUCGUCCGGCGUUUCCUCCCAUGUCACCUUAUCUGCAACCCAGGGGUACCUUCACGUUGGACGGGCUGGGGUCCGUUCCACCGGGCUCUUACAAGUACAGAUUAGAUACUUACCUACCCUAGACCACCGAGAUGGCCACACGUCAAGUUGAAGCUGGUACACUUAGUCCAACCUCACUCAAGAGACAGCCACAAGUGUGAGCUCUGCUCUCAAAGGCUCAGGCCAUGGAAUCCAUCAACGGCUUGGUUGAGCCGGUGCGAUGGCUGUCUGAAGGCUCGCUUAAGCCCCCUGCUAUUGCCUCAUUCACUUUAUUGGUCGCUUUCUUGGUCUUCACCACGCAACGGAGGACGCCCCCAAGCCUGUUUGACCCCUUUCCGCUCUUCUUCAAUACGGUCCAGUUUAUUUUUUACAAUGCCCGGUUUAUGACACGCGUCUCGAAGGCAUUGAACAAGUCGAGCAUCGUUGGGUUUCGUCUAUUCACCACACCGGUUUACAUAGUGUCUGGGCCCGAGGACAUUCAGGCCAUCUUUUCCCGCUCCCACAGCAUCGGCAGUGAGGAUAUUUUCGAGAAAAAUGUCUUCCCUGUCUUGUACGGCAUGACCAAGGACGAAGCUCGACGCUUCGCCGAGGACAAGACGGGUCGUCGUCGGCAGCCUGCGCCUGGGACGGAGCACGUUCCGAUAGAGCGCCGAUACUGGUUCGGAUACGACCACGUCCAUUCCGAGUACCUUGGAAGACCUCAGCAUCUGCGACCUAUUGCUGACGCCUAUUACAAGCGCCUUUCCCAGUCGCUAGACAAGUGGUACGCGCUUGACAAGUGGACGACGGUCAGCGUCACUGAAUUCUGCAGACACCAAGUUGCCGAGUGCGCUAUCGUGGCAUUGUUUGGACCGCGCAUCCUGGAGCUUAGCCCGGAGUUGAUCGACGCAUUUUGGGAGUUUGACAGCAACAUCUUUGCGUUGACGGUGGCCCUGCCUAGGUGGCUCACUCCUAAAGCGUACAGGGCACAGGAUCGUUACUACGGUAUGAUCCGCACGUACGUGGAUGCAGCUCGGAAGAACUUUGACUGGAAUGGGCCGGCUGCUGAAGCUGGCUGGGAGCCCGAAUUUGGUGCCCGGGUCACUCGAGAGCUUGUUAAGUGGCUCAAGGAGGCCGGGUUCCGUGACGAGGUUGCUACCGGAGCGCUGGGGAUGCUCUUGUUUGCGCUCAAUUCCAAUGCUGUUCCUACGACAAUGUGGAUGAUUAUCAGGAUUGUCGAGGAUCCAUCCCUCCUGCAAGCCAUUCGAGAAGAGGUAACUACCGCAUACGUGACGGAUGCGAAGACCGGCUCAAGCACCCUAGACCUCGACAAGCUCGUGGCUCUGCCGCUGCUUCAGUCUGUCUUCACGGAGGUGCUCCGGCUAUACAUGAACUUCAACCUGAUCCGUUUUGUACACGAGCCUGUCACCAUGCAAGGGUUCACGCUGUCCAGAGGAUGUAUGCUGCAGGCACCAAUGUCCAUACAUCACCGUGAUGGAGCAGUCUGGGACCGGAAGGGCCAUUCUGCUUCAGAGUUCUGGGCUGAGAGGCACAUUAAGCACAUUGAGGAGACGGACGAGACUGGAAGAAUCACGCGGAAGCGUGUCUUCGCGGCCGCGGCACGCCCGAGCUCAUAUUAUCCAUUUGGUGGGGGACAUGAGAUGUGCCCCGGUCGCCGGUUCUCCAAAUAUGAGAUUUUUACCACCGUUGCGUUGUUGGUUCUAAAGUUCGAUCUUGAAGUUAUCGGAUGGGUUAAGCCAGACGGAACCCCGUCGGAUCGACCGGCCAGACCUGAUGAUCGUUAUUCUGGAGUCGGGGCUAUGCCUCCAGAUCGUGAUCUGACAAUACGAUGGAAACGAACUUCAUGAAGUUUUGGGAUCUUAUGGAGCGAUGAGGAAGCGUCAGGUCCGAAUUUCAAAGUCUACAUUCGAUCUUAA